AUGACUCCUAGUAGUGGUUUAAUGCCGACGACGCCUUCGGGCAGCACACCACCCACAAAACAAAACGAGCCUUCUGUGAAUAGCCUCAUCAUUCAUUCAAAUUCUUCACCCUCACUGGCCGAAUCCACGCCAUUUCCAAAUAUAUUAAAUACAACAAACAAUGAUUAUCAUUCUCACAGUCGGCUGCACGAUGAUGUGGGAACGAACAACACUGGUAGUGUUCCAGAAAACCAUGUUGUAAAUGUACAACAAAUUGAGUCCAUAGAAGAUGAAGCAUUGGAAGUAAAAUUGUCGUUAGGAAAAGCAAAUAAGAACAAUAAGAACGAAAAUAAUGUAUCAUCGUCCUUGCUUGGUGAAGAGGAUGUUUCCGUGGCCCAAGAGCACGCUUUACAUUCAGACAAUGCGCUAACCAAUACAAACACAUCAAGUCAAGCAUAUUCGGAAGUAUUCAUGAAGGAUAUUCUUUCAACUGUGAAAUUAGCUAACGAUGCCAAAUACAAGGAGUCUCUUGAAAGUUUUAAAAAGGGAUUCAAGGCUUUUCAAAAACAAAAAUUUGUUUGGACGUAUCUGACAUUAAUCGGAUUCACAGGAGGAGUUGUUGCAUAUACACAUGAAUUAAUUGUCAGGUACAUGUUCCAAGGAAGAUUAGCAAUGAUCAAUGCGUUUGAUCCGGUGGAAUAUUUCGGCCUCCGACUAUUUUUAUGGGUAAUUUUCAACUUGGCGUUUGUUUAUGGUGCCGCUCUCUUGACAGUAUUUAUUGCUCCAACAGCAGAAGGCUCUGGAAUUCCUCCUUUGAAGGCCAUUCUCAAUGGAGCAGGCCUGAAAGAUCCUAUAAGUUUUCGAACCCUUGUUGUAAAGUGUAUUGCAUUACCUGCUGUGCUAGGAUCAGGAAUGUUUGUUGGAAAGGUGGGCCCAACAAUUCAUAUUGGUGCUUGCAUAGCGAACAACUUUUUAAAUAUACCAAUAUUCAAACCCAUUAAGAAGGUAAAAACACUCAAAAUGCAAAUGAUUGCUUGUGGUUGUGCACUAGGAGUGGCCGCUAACUUCUCGACCCCUGGUGGUGGUGUAUUAUUUGCUCUCGAAGCAGUCGGAACCUACUAUAGUUUGAGAAAUUACCUAAAAACUUUUUAUGUUGCAGUUGUUGCAGCAUUCACAUCUAGAUUAUUUAAUGCUGCUGUUAACUUGAAUCUAAACUUUGUCCAAAAUUGGACAGUCCGUUUACCAUUUCCAUCAUACACCAUUCCAGAGCUUAUUGCACACGCAAUUUUGGGAGUAUUGAUGUCUUUUGUUGGUAUUGGAUUUACGUAUCUCAACGAAAAGGUUCUGCAGCUACGGGACAGAUAUGGAAAGCGAUAUCUAAUCUUCAAGUCGGAACGAUUAGCCAAGUACAAAUUCAUGUUGCUGUUCGAGAACAAAAUCUUUUGGACCAUUUUUGUUUGUAUUGUGACCAGCAUUUUAACAUUCCCUCAAAUGAUUGGAAAAUUCAUGUCACUGACACCAGGUGCCACAGUUGAGGAAUUGUUGUCACCAAAACCGCUCACAAGUGAAAAUGGCUUAACAGGAGAGUGGAUCAAGAACUCUCCAACAGAUGUUUUUUCGAGUUUGGCCGUGUUUUGUCUGCUUAGAUUCGUAGUUUCAUCAUUCUCAGUUAAUUUACCCAUACCGGCAGGUAUUUAUAUCCCACUGGUGAUAAUUGGAGCUGGAUGUGGCCGGCUUUAUGGAGAAAUUGUCGCAGUCAUAUUCCCUAAUGGCUUUGUGCCAGGUCAACCUAUUUAUGCAGGCGCGUUUGCUGCUGUUGGAAUUGUUGCCUGUUCUGCCGCCUCAACACACGCAUUUUCUACUGUUUUCAUAUUUUUAGAAAUUGUUGGAAUAGCAGCUUAUUUACCAUCCUUAAUGGCAGCACUCAUUGCAGUAUUUAUUUCUAGAGCUUCAUACAGAAGUAUUUAUGAUUCGAUCAUCAAAAUAAGAGGAUGGCCAGCAUUAUUGGAAAGCGGUACAGAUUCAGAGGACUUGAAAGUCUCCAACCUCAUCCAAUCCUUUGAUUCUUUAGAUCUGAUAGAAGAGACCACAUCUCUGCAUGAAAUCAAAACAAUCUUGUCCAAGAAGGCCCUUCCUAAAGUAUUCCCAGUGGUGAACAAUAAGAAGGAAAUGCUAUUGCUUGGACAAGUUUCCCUCAAAUCACUGGAAGCACAAUAUCAAACAAGAAAGUUACGUAUGUUAGAAAGGGUUCAUAGGGUUACACUUCCAUCACCGCAACACCAAGAAACCACCUUUGUGUCUGCCACUACAGGACAGGUGGCAGAAAUGAAAGCUACCAAUGUUAGUGGAGAAUUAUACGAUGUUGAACUAGUCGAUAAGCAAGAGGAGGAACGUUUCAAGAAUUACACAUUCACAGUGGAGUAUGAGAAUUGUGAAAUUACACUUGCAGAAAAUCAAUCAGCUCAAACAGCCCACAUGCUCUUCUCCCAACUUGGUCUCAACGACGUUUUUGUUGUGUGGAAAGGAAGACUUAUGGGUCAGCUACAUCGUCAAAUGCUCAUGCGAGUGGUUGUGGAGAGAGAAAAAUCAGCAUUGUCAUUCCUUUUCCAAUAA